UUCUGCUCUAGCACUGUUUAAGAACGUCCCUUUGUAUUGCUAUAACGCCAUCUGAUUGGGAGCAAAAAGCCAUUGGGACUUGGCUGGGCGGUGGAUAGGGGCACUGGGGUGGGGGAAGGAAUUAACAGCCUCCUUCCCAAGCCUCCUUUCCCCAAAGCCCUUGCCCUUUGUGAGCUCAGAGGCCAGCCUCCCACCCCCACUGAGUGCCUUGGCUCCAGUGUCCUUAGAAAGGCCCUGGCAUCUGGAUUCCAAGGGACGGUGUUUGUUGAUGGCGGUGUCAGUGUCUUGGCGCUGAUGCAUAUUGAUGAGGGAGGCUGAGCCUACUGCUUUCGUCCAAGCUCUCUGCAGAGAGGGGAGGCAGCCGUGGAGUGGCUGGGAAAAUAAGCCCUGUGUUUCUCCUGCUGUCAAGGCAGGCAGGCAGCUGCCGGCGGAUCCCCGUCGCACAGAUUUGGAGGUUUGCUUUCUCCUUUCUUUGCCAUCACUUUGGCCUCUCGGAUGGGACGCUGAGCUAAAAGCAGAGGUGCUGCUACAUCCAGAAGUCAUUCUUCUUCCACACGUCAUCCUAAAAUGGAAGCUCCCCUGGUAAGCCUGGAUGAAGAGUUUGAAGAUCUGAGGCCAUGUUACAUAGAAGAGAGAGAAGAGAAAGCAUGUUAUUUUUAUGGCUGCUCUUCCCAGCUUUUAGAGGAUCCCUCUCUUUCUGAGCUUGAGAACUUUUCCUCUGAGAUCAUUAGCUUCAAGUCCAUGGAGGACUUGGUCAAUGAAUUCGACGAGAAGCUCAAUGUCUGCUUUCGAAAUUACAAUGCCAAAACAGAAAACUUGGCUCCGGUGAAAAACCAUCUGCAGAUACAAGAAGAGGAGGAAAACCUGCAGGAUGAGGAGGUUUGGGAUGCGCUCACGGACAAUUACAUCCCAUCCAUCACUGAGGACUGGAGGGAUCCGAAUAUUGAGGUGCUAAACGGCAACGUCUCUGACACAGAGAUCCGUGAGAAGGAGGAGGAAGAGCUUAAUGAGAAGAGUGAAAAUGACUCUGGUAUUAACGAGGAGCCUCUACUCACAGCCGAUCAGGUGAUUGAAGAAAUUGAGGAAAUGAUGCACAAUUCACCAGACCCUGAAGAAGAAGAGGAGGAGGAAGAGGAGGGAGAGUCAGUUUUGGUGGAAGAUGAUGGUGGAGAAACUAGCAGUCAGGCUGACUCAGUCCUUCUGCAAGAAAUGCAGGCAUUGUCACAAACUCUCAACAACAAUUGGUCUUGUGAAGGCUGCGCCAUCCCAAGAGCCUGGGGCUUGGGGCACAUGGCCAUCUCUGAGCUUUCGGAGCUGCUGGGUCGAGUACAAGGUGCUAUCCGGGAAUACUCAGAGGAACUGGUGCAUCAGCUGGCUCGUCGGGAUGAACUGGAAUUUGAGAAGGAGGUGAAGAACUCCUUCAUUACUGUGUUGAUUGAAGUCCAGAACAAGCAAAAGGAGCACAGGGAGCUGAUGAAGAGGAGAAGGAAAGAGAAAGGGCUGAGUCUGCAGAGCAGCCGAAUAGAACGGGCAACUCAAAUGCCACUCAAGCGGUUCAGUAUGGAAGGAAUCUCAAAUAUCCUGCAGACUGGUAUCCGGCAGACAUUUGGGAACUCAGCGACAGACAAGCAGUAUUUGAAUACAGUUAUUCCGUAUGAGAAGAAAGGAAUGCCUCCUUCGGUGGAAGACUUACAAAUGCUUACAAACAUUCUUUUUGCGAUGAAAGAAGACAACGAAAAAGUCCCUACGUUGCUAACUGACUACAUUUUAAAAGUUCUUUGUCCUACCUAAACUCCAUGCUCUGUGCAUCAUGAGACCAACAGGAAACAACAAGGCCAGUGCGUCAUUCCACCACAGGGACUGCAUGACAUGAUGUAAAACUUUUGAAUUGUGUAUUUAAAGAUGUAUAGCAUUAACCUGGAUUAAACACAAGCAAAACUCUUUCCUUCACUGUCGGUUUCUAGUUGUAGUAAACAUUUGAAUGCAUGAGUGAAGGUAAGGGUUUCUUCUCUCUCUCUCUCUCUCUCUCUCUCUCUCCUUCUCUCUCUCUCCCCUCCCCCCAACCCCUUGACUAGAGAUAGUCUUGGAGCAGGCAGUCCAUCAGCCUACACCAAGUAUUCUCAGCCCAUCUUUCCCACGAGCAGGUAUAUGAAACUAAUUUGAAUACUGAAAUAAACUUUCCUUUAAUUAAAA